AUGUGCAGAAAAAACGAAGCCUGCGCGCUGGUUUGCACGUGGCCCGCGGACUGCGGACCUGCUCCUGGCCCAGCCUGCGCCUGGUUUGCACGUGGCCCGCGGCCUGGCACUGCCCACGGCCCACAGCCCGUGCAGGGUGCUCGCGGCCUGCAUGCGGCGCGCGGCUCGCGGCCCGCGGCCCGCGCGUGGCCUGCACGCAGCGAGAAGCCCGCAAGGGCCCUGCGGCCCGCGCGGCCCACGCGGCCCGCGCGCUCGCGAGGCCCGCGCGUGGCCUGCGCGGCCCGCGGCCAGCGCGUGGCCUGGGCGCAGGGCGCGGCCCGUGUGGCCUGCGCGGCCCGCGGCAAGCGCGUGGCCCGAGCGCUCGCGAGGCCCGCGCGUGUCCUGCGCGGCCCGCGGCCAGCGCGUGGCCCGGGCGCUGGCUAG